CUGAAACGGUUCAUCCAUCGCGUCACGAAAACCAGACGAACUGACAAUUGACAACCAUUUCGUUGAUUUGCGUGCUUAACGUUCCCUGUCUUCUCAAUUUAUGUUUCGAUGUAUGCAUGUAUGUACUAUGAGGUUAGUUAGGGUUUUGACUGUUGUUUACUGAUAGAAGAAAUGGUGGAGAGAAGGAAACCUCUGGUGCUCGCCUCCACCAAAGUUUUAAUCGAUUCGGUGUUGAGUUCGUCGCGACUCACUGGAACGGACAAGGUAGCUGAGAAUAAGCUCACCGUCGAAAUCUCCUCCCUGAAGUUGCAGUUGCCGGCAGGUAUCCUUCGUUUUUCUAAAGACAAUUUAGACCCCAAACAAGCUGCUCUUGACGACUCUGCUUUGGUCGGGCUUUCAACGUCUGUUCUUAAGAGACUCUCAGUAACUUCUGGAUCACUGGUGCUCAUCAAGAAUGUUGAGGCAAACUUGCAGAGAGUUGCCCAAGUUGUGGCAUUAGAUCCUCCCACUGCUUGUGCAUCUGGCAGUAAACUACCCUUUUCAAGUUCUCCCCGGACAAUGCUUAUUUUUCCUUCAUUUAGGUUUCCUCAAGAAGAGCAUCCAUUGCUGGAUAAGGAAGUUGCCUAUUUGUCUCCUCUCUUGGCUUUUAACCUUGAUUUGCAUACAUCAUGCUUGAAAUCUCUUGUUCGCCAAGGGAACGAGACUUUAGCAUCUCUUUUUGAGGCCAAAGGAGAUGGUGUAGGAUGUGGGGAAGGCAGUGAUGAUUCUGUUAUUAAUUUGGAAGUGGUACCUUUUACUCAACUGCCUAGAUAUGCCUCACACCUGAGAGCUUCUUUUGUGAAGAUACCUGAAUGUGGUACUAUUGAAUCUUUGAAGGGAAGUUCGUCCAUUGAGGCUGAAGAUCGUCAAAAUAUGAUUGAUUUGGCCCUCAAUGAGUACUUUAAAGUUGAUAGAUACCUAGCAAGUGGUGAUGUUUUUAGCAUUCAGAUAAAUUGGACUUGCAAUUCAAUAAUUUGCAUUUCUUGCAGCCAAAGGUCCCAAAAUAGAAGUGAUAAUAUCAUCUACUUCAAGGUUGUGGCUAUACAGCCAUCAGAUGAGGCGGUUCUACGAAUUAAUCGCUCUCAAACUGCCCUUGUGCUGGGAGGUAGUGUUCCUUCUUCUGUUCCCCCAGAUCUCCUAAUUAAUGGACACAAGGGUGUUAUACCCUUGCAAGGUGACACAGUGAAGAUCUUGGCCUCCAUACUUACACCUCCUCUAUGCCCAUCAGCACUUUCUUCAAAGUUCAGGGUGGCUGUUCUGUUAUACGGUUUAGCUGGAUGUGGAAAGAGAACAGUUGUUAAAUAUGUUGCUCGUCGAUUGGGCCUGCAUGUAGUGGAAUUUAGCUGCCAUAAUCUAACUGUAUCCUCUGAAAGGAAAACAUCUGUAGCACUAGCACAAGCAUUCAACACAGCUCAAAGAUACUCACCAGCAAUACUACUUCUUCGUCAUUUCGAUGUCUUCAAAAGUUUGGCUUCACAAGAGGGCUUGACAAAUGAUCAAGUUGGCCUCACCUCUGAAGUUGCAUCAGUUAUUAGGAAAUUCACUGAGCCAGUUGCUGAAGAUGAAGACAGUAAUUCCAAAGAGAGAUUGAACGGAAACUUACAAGGCGAGGUUGCUGAAGACAUAAGCAGGCACCACGUGCUAUUUGUUGCAGCUGCUGAGAGUUCUGAGGGUCUACCUCCUGCUAUUAGGCGUUGCUUCAGCCAUGAAAUAAGUAUGGGUCCUUUGACUGAAGAACAGAGGGUCGAAAUGCUGUCUCAGUCACUUCAAAGUGUUACCAAGCUCCUCUCUAAUACUGUGUCAGAGGAAAUUAUAAAGGACAUGGUCGGACAGACAUCAGGUUUCAUGCCUCGAGAUUUGCAUGCAUUAAUUGCUGAUGCUGGUGCUCACCUAAUUCUGAGGGAUGAUUAUCAAAUUGCGAAAAUCCAACCAGAGGACUUGGAUGGAUCUUCUAGUGUCAUAAUGGGGCAGGACAAUAAGUCAGGUAGAGCUGCGUCUCAGGAUAGCGGGAAAGUUGCUGAUGCUGGUGCUCACUUAAUUCCGAUGGAUGAUGCUGAAAUUUUGCAAAGUGAAUCAGAAGACUUGGAAAGAUCUUCUAGUGCCAAAAUGGUGCAGGAUACUAAGUCAGGUAAAGCUGCAUCGCAUGUUAGUGGGAAAGAAUUCAUCGUCAAGGCAUUGGAGCGAUCCAAGAAGAGGAAUGCAUCGGCACUGGGAACUCCAAAGGUACCUAAUGUAAAAUGGGAAGAUGUUGGUGGGCUCGAGGAUGUGAAGAAAUCAAUUCUUGAUACUGUUCAGUUGCCACUCCUGCAUAAGGAUUUAUUUUCAUCUGGGCUUCGUAAACGCUCCGGUGUUCUCCUAUAUGGUCCUCCCGGGACAGGAAAAACAUUAUUGGCAAAAGCUGUUGCUACAGAAUGUUCAUUAAAUUUUCUUAGCGUAAAAGGGCCUGAACUUAUCAACAUGUACAUAGGAGAAUCAGAAAAAAAUGUCAGAGACAUUUUCCAGAAGGCAAGAUCGGCACGGCCAUGUGUUAUCUUCUUUGAUGAACUUGAUUCUCUUGCUCCUGCUCGUGGUGCAUCUGGAGAUUCUGGGGGUGUUAUGGAUAGAGUAGUUUCUCAGAUGCUUGCGGAGAUUGAUGGACUAAAUGAUUCUACACAGGACCUUUUCAUAAUAGGAGCAAGCAACAGACCUGAUCUUAUUGAUCCAGCACUUCUACGGCCUGGUCGAUUUGAUAAACUCCUUUAUGUUGGUGUAAACUCUGAUCCAUCUUAUAGAGAGAGGGUCCUUAAAGCACUUACCAGAAAGUUUAAAUUGCAUGACGAUGUAUCUCUUUAUUCAAUAGCAAAGAAAUGCUCCCCAAACUUCACUGGUGCUGACAUGUAUGCAUUAUGUGCUGAUGCUUGGUUUCAAGCUGCAAAGCGUAAGGUUUCUAGUUCAGGCUCAGAUUCUCCUUGCAUGGAUGAUCAAAUUGACUCUGUUGUUGUUGAAUACGGCGAUUUUGUAAAGGUCCUGUAUGAGCUCUCUCCCUCUCUUUCCAUGGCGGAACUUAAGAAAUACGAAUUACUACGAAGCCAAUUUGAAGGAGCUCCAAAAUGAAUAUCGCAUACUCCCCGUAAAAUUUAUAUGGCAUAUAUAUAUAUAUAUGAUGAUGGUAUUUGGAAUUCAAAAGAGACUUCCAAAUGAAAUUUUUGUGAACUGCCUGUGAAACUUUUGUACUGCAUAAAUAAGGUUUCUGAGGGAAGAACACUCUGACCUUCCUUUUCAUGUAUAUGAACAAACGUAUGUAUUAUGCAGCAUAAUUUCUUGAUGCCAUAAUGUGCUGGGAAAAGAGGUCAAUAGUGUUGUGUGAA